AUGGAUCAAUCCGCCAUGUUUAAUCGGGAUGAAAUCAAGGAGUUUGCCAAAGAAUAUGGCAUUCAAAUCCUCAAGUCAUCACCUUAUUUUGCUCAAGCCAAUGGGAACUCCAAGAAAAAUAAUAUUAGGACUACCCAUUAUGAAUUGGUAUAUAGCCAUGAUGCAGUAUUGCCCUUAGAAGUAACAGUCCUGUCCAGUAGAGUGACCUUGUACUAUGACAUCCCUGUCGAUGAGUAUGCUGAGGCCAUGAUGAUGGAGGUGCAAGAUUUGGAAGAAAGGAGAGUUAUGGCCUACAACCAUCUUUUGGCUAAAAAAAGGAAUGUUGAAAGAACUUAUAAUAAAAGAGUGAAGACUAAAGUAUUUUCAGAAAGGAAAUUUAGUAUAGUAUGGAAAAUCAUACUGCCCUUGGGAAGCAAAGAUCCAAAUUUGGGAAAGUGGUCUCCAAAUUGGGAAGGGUUGUUCAAGAUUUACAAGGUUCUCAAGGGAGGAGCUUAUCAUCUUGCAUCUAUAGAGGGAGUCCCAUACAGAAGAGUUAUAAAUGGAAAGUAUUUAAAGAAACAUUAUCCAACCAUGUGGGCAAGCAUCAAGCAUGGGUAA